CAUUGUGAAGAUGGACACGGUGGUUUGGGAGACUGAUAUUAGGGCCAAUAUCAUUUGUAACAACGCUAAAACUGUGCACGAAUUUUUGGAAAAGCAUCACAGAGAAGAAGCUACAGCAACUCAUAAGGACACUAUGAAAUUAGCAAUAAGAGCUGUGCUAGAAAUUUUUAGUGCAAAAGAUAAUGAAACGCAAGUUGCAGAAAGAGAGAAGGAAGAAGAAGAAUCUGAAAAGAAAAAGAAGAAAAAUAUCUAAGUCACAGAACAGUUAAAACCCAACUUAUGAGGUGCAUGUGUUUCCCUGACCUUUCCACUUCAUCAGAUCACUUUUGUGGCUUCCUGAUGUAGCUUUGGGUUCCCCAACCCAGCAGGAGUUGCAGGUGCACGUCCAGGUUGGCCUUCUGCUGCUGGGAGUUACGUGUUUCACCUUAUGGCUACGCUCUAAGUUCAGUAAACUCUCCUGUUAUUAGUAGCUCAAUAUGAUCAAGCAAGCUUUAUAGCUUAGAAUAAUACAAAAGUUAUGCCUAAUUCUUUUGUUGUGCUCUCCUGUUGUUUAAAUAUUUUGUUAGACUUUAAAGCUGCAGUGUAUUGUACCUUAUGGGACAAAGAGUUUGACUUAAAUAAAUGUAAUGUUUGGUUUGACAUCUGUCAGUCCUAAUGUCCAAAAGAAAAAUGCAUUCCCAUAAAAGAUCAGUCAAGAUAGGAAAAAAAAGGCAUUGUGACACCGACUAUAAAUUUGAAAAAAUCUACCUCCAGUUGUAAACUUAAUGUAAGGCACGAUUACUAAGGAUGUUAAAAAAAUGGUCAGUUAUGAUUUUACUUGGUUGUUUUCAGUAAUA